GAGAUACAGCUGCAAAAUGAAGCAGUGCAAAUGUUUCAGAUAAAAGCUUUUCAUCUUGAGCAGUCUCUACAAGAAGUGACAGAGAGAUAUGAGAAAGAAAAGCAAAAGAGGAGAGCUCUACAUAACAGCUUAGUUGAACUGAGAGGAAAUAUCAGAGUGCACUGCAGGAUCCGACCGUUGCUACCUUUUGAUGCUGCUGCUGGACAUUCCAUAUCACAAGAUAGGCAAAGAAACUUCUCAGAAAAAGUGGCAUAUGCAGCUGAUGAUGAAACUGUCCUUGUAAAGUGUAGCCGUCCGGGUCAUGCAUCAAUAAACAAGACUUUCCAGUUUGAGAGAGUUUACAAUGAUUCAGAGUCUCAAGAGACAGUAUUUGAGGAUGUGGCCCCUUUGCUAACAUCUCUCCUGGAUGGGUACAAUGUGUGUAUCAUGGCUUAUGGACAAACUGGAAGUGGGAAGACAUACACAAUGUUGGGACCACAGUUAGAGGAAAACUUUGCAUUCUCCACAGCAAAUGAAUCAGAACUUGGAAUCAUUCCUCGAGCUACCCAAGAAGUGUUCAGGCUUAUUUCAGAAAAGCCACCAGGAAGUUAUUGGGUUGAGGUAUCUGUUGUACAAGUGUAUAAUAAUGACAUCUUUGAUCUUCUGGCCGAAGACAGUUGUGGAAAAGUAUUUGGUGUCAAACGUGAUGUUGUCACAACCAGAGAAGGAAAGAGUGAUGUUCCAUUGCUUACACACGAGACUGUUGAAAAUGCAUCUGAAUUUUUGCAUCUAGUCAACAAAGGCCUACAGCUGAGGACCAGGCAUCCAACACUGGUGCAUGCUCAUUCUUCUCGUUCUCAUCUGGUGGUCACCUUAACCAUAACCACAAUUGUCUCUGGAGAUAAUUUUGGUACUUCAUGGGAAGAUGAACAAAUCAGUCAAAGACUAAAUAAAGAGGUUUCCAGCACCUUUCCACAAAAAACAAGAGACAGUAAAUCUGCCUCUUCUUCCAGAGCCUCUUCACCAGCACAACUUGAAGCCAAUGAGAAACUGAAGCAAGUCAAAACUAGAUUGCAGCUGGUGGAUCUGGCUGGCAGCGAGUGUGUUGAUGUCCUUGGAGCAAUAGCAGAGCAGCGGUCUCAUGUACCCUAUCGAAACAGCAAACUUACCCAUCUGCUUCAGGACUCUGUAGGAGGUGAUGCUAAACUGUUGUUGAUGCUGUGCAUCUCUCCUGACCAAAAGUACCUAACAGAAUCAAUGCAGUCUCUGGGAUUUGGAACUCGUGCUCGACAAGUUCAGAGAGGACAAGUCAAGAAAAAAAAUUUCCCAGUGCACAGUAAAGCAAAAUAAAACCUAAGACUCCUGUGGAUUAAAGUAUUAUUAAUGAGUUCCUCAGACUGAAAUGUAUAUUGUUGUCCUAAAGCCAUUCUUUUAGCUAUCAACUGCCAGAUAAAAUAAAC